AUGGCUUCCCAGAAGAAGAAAUCAGGGAGGAAAGGAAUCGGGCACUUCAGACGAAGCUACGAGGCCACUUUACGCGAAGAUGAUGAUGUUGACAACAGAAUAAACUCACUUCAUCUCAUUGUGUCCCCGAGAAAUGCUGUUUAUUUAAAGAACCCAGACGAUGAUAACACUUUUAUUUGUGCUAUCCGUGUGAAAAGAGACACUGUGGCUCCAGAGCCGCCCAAUAGCCAGAUGUUGUCACCGACUUCAGAAACGUCGUCGCAGACAUCGGGAAGUACGGCGUCCACUCGUCCAGCCUUGGCCACUAGUGUUGUCCAAUCUGAUGACAUUAUCGUUUGUGUGUGGGCGCAGGACUCGCCCACUCUGUUAACACCGCCACCAAAAUACAGGACCAGUCCUUCACUUUCAAUUGAUGGAGAUAGUGAAGAUGAGGAUGCUAUUGAUGGUUUUGAAGAGGACAGCUCGAUAGUUCUUCAGUGUACCAGCAGGUUCCUUUCACAUUAUAAUGUUGCUGUCACCGACACAUUUUAUAUACGGGGUAUUGAAAUGUUUCCUCUAACAAAAGCCAUAUUUUCAAUUUCAAGCGAGGAUGCAUAUACUUGGUUACAGCAAGACACAUUUAGUCAAGGCCUUCUUGAGGAGAUUUGUAAUCACAACCUACUUGUUCGGCAGAAUGACGUCCUACUUGCACCCUAUCCCAGGUUGUUUCUAGAGGAUGAAAACUUUCGCCCAUCGUGGUACUUUCAUAUUAAAGCAAUAUCUUGUGUCCCAUUUCAGAUCGGGCUUAUGACCCAGACAACAGAGAUAAUAAUUUUUUAUGAGAAAGCACUGACACAUCUUCCGUCUGAUCACCGACAUCUUUCAGGAAAUCACCUUGAUAACUAUGUCGACUUAAUGCAAAGUAAAUUUUUGCUUUCUGACUUCUGCCGCACACAGUCAAUUGAAAAUGAUAACGAAUCAAGCCUUUUUACAAAUACAGAGUCAUUGCUGACUUCCGACAUUUUUCCAUCAAGUGCGCUUGUCAUUCAACAAGUCAUUCAUUGGAGAAAAGUUCUUCUGAAAGAUGAAGACUUUGAGACUCUAGAUCUGACAUCGGUACUGGGUAUGCCCAAGAAACUUAUGCGGAAACAUGGUAUAUUGAAUGGAGCUAUCGUCAAAAUUGUUCUUUACCCAAAAGAGUUGUUGGAGGAAGUAAAUGUUGAUGAUGCAAAAACGUAUAUUAAACAAGCAAACCUCAGACACAAAUUUGUCAAAGUUCACAGUUUGUCCAGAAGACUCGAUGACACCGACAGAGUUUUUAUAUCGUCCAUGCUUUUGUUUAACCUGCAGGAGUCGCCACCAGUCAACAGAUCACCUCUUCUCAUCAUUGAGAAACCAACCAUCCCAAGAAUGGACAGCGAGACUGACAUUGAUGUCAAGCCAAAGACAUCCCACUCCCUGACCGUUACCAUCCCUGUGGCCAGUGAGAUGCAGUUCAUGAUCAUCAGCUCACCGUGCUACACUCUCCGGGCUAACCACACCCAGUCCCUCAACAAAUACUUCCAGAUACCCAGGUUGCUGAGCAUAGGUGAUGUUUUUGCAGUGAGCAGCAUCGAUGACCCCGAGUUUUGGCAAGAGUCUAAAGAAGAUACUAGUGUCCGUAAACCUGUGAUCUUCUUCAAGGUGAGCUCAAUGAAGCCGCGGCAGCCGGAUAUGUUUGCCUGCUAUGUGGAUGUCCACAACACUUCCUUAUUACAGGUAGGUUCGGAUCACAGCUACGUGCCUCUGAGUGCUAGCAAGUACUUGUCCUAUCAUGACGCUGUGUAUGGGCAGAGCAUCAUGUGUCCUGGCUUGAACAAAACGGUGGUCAGUCUGGAGCAUCUGAUUCUACCUUUCUUGAGCAAGAGAAACGAUGGAUUUGCCUUUACAGAACUGAUCCCCUCCAUGUUGCUGGCAGGACCACGAGGCUGUGGCAAGCGCACCGUCGUCAACACAGUAGCCAGGAGACUCUACAUGCACCUAAUGGAGGUCAACUGCCAUGACCUCAUGGGCGACACAUCUGCUGUAUCAGAGUCUCGCAUCAAGAAUCUGUUUCUGUCAGCCAACAAAUACAGUCCCUGUGUGCUGUUGAUGAGAAAUAUUGAAGUCAUCGGAAAGGAGAGAGACGGGAAAACUGAGGAUCCCCGGACAGUUGCAGUCUUCAGCAGGUGUGUGCACCAGUUAGCUUCCCAGCCACAGGCAUUCCCUGUUAUAGUUGUGGCUACCACCAGCUCACCCAGCAACGUGUCUGAUGAUAUGCUGCCUUGCUUCUUACACGAAGUCACCAUAGAGGCUCCGACAGAACAAGACAGGGCCGAUAUCAUCCACGGUCUGCUGGAAAGUUAUGCAGUGUCACCUGAUGUAUCCAUCAGCCAUCUUGCUCAGCGUACCGCUGGUUUUGUGCUGAGUGAUUUGACAGCUCUAGUGAUCCAAGCCAAGAGACAAGCUUACCACAAGGCUCUCAAAAUAUGCCACCCCGACGGCACGGCCCCAAGUCUGCAAGAGGAAGAGGAUUUGGUCACAGCUGGAGUUGUCAUAGAGCAGACGGACCUGGAGUCGGCCCUGGACUUCAUGCAGUCAGCCCACUCAGACAGUAUCGGGGCACCAAAGAUUCCUUCGGUGAAGUGGAGUGAUAUUGGAGGUCUCGAAGAUAUCAAGGCUGAGAUCCUGGACACUGUCCAGCUUCCCCUGCAGCAUCCAGAACUGCUGGCAGCUGGCCUCCGGAGAUCAGGUGUUCUCCUGUAUGGCCCACCAGGGACAGGGAAGACACUGCUGGCCAAAGCUGUGGCCACCGAGUGCUCCCUUAACUUCCUCAGCGUCAAAGGUCCUGAACUCAUCAAUAUGUAUGUAGGCCAGAGUGAGGAAAAUGUCAGGGAAGUGUUCAAGCGUGCCAGGAGUGCCAAUCCAUGUGUCAUCUUCUUCGAUGAGCUGGACUCGCUGGCCCCAAACAGAGGCAAGAGUGGCGACUCUGGUGGGGUCAUGGACAGAGUUGUCUCCCAGUUGCUAGCUGAACUUGACGGACUGCAUCAGUCCCUGGAUGUGUUUGUCAUCGGAGCCACCAACCGACCAGAUCUCCUGGAUCCUGCAUUGCUGCGUCCCGGCAGGUUUGACAAGCUUCUGUACCUUGGGGUCAGCAAGGACACGGAGUCACAGCUGAGCAUUCUGAGAGCUCUCACAAAGAAAUUCAACCUUGCUCCAGAUGUGAGUUUGGAGGCAGUGGCAGAAAGAUGCCCCCGAAACCUGACAGGGGCAGAUCUGUAUGCCCUCUGUGCUGAUGCUAUGUUGUGCGCUAUUCGCAGAAAGAUUGCUGCCUUUGAAUCUGGUGAAUGUGUCAAGGAUGAACCAGUGGAGGUAACAGAAGAGGAUUUUAAUGAAGCACUAGAGAAUCUAGUUCCAUCUGUUUCUGAAGAGGAGCUGGACAAGUACGAGCAGAUUCAAGCCGCAUGGAAAAAUUAA